UAGUGUUACAUGUUUAUUGCUGUCAAUCUACAGUUAUGGUAAUCACAUUAAGAAGACUUUUCCAAUAAAGCCAAAAGAUAAAUUAAGACAUUUUUAUCUUCAACUAAAUAGACCCGAAAACAAAACAAAAUCAAUCAUUUUUCUCUCCAAAUCUUACGUAACCAAAUGGUCUCCUAGACCUUCACUGCUAUCUCAGGGUCGCCUGAUAGCUGCCAACAAUAACUUGGCCGUGUUCACAUCAGACCAGAUGAUGUCUUUCCCAUAUGUGAGGUUUCUUAUUUACUGUUUUAUGUCUCAGAUUUGACACUUGAUAAAAUGGGUCCAACAACUUCUGUCAACUGAUCAAGGACAAGCUACAAAUCCACCUAUGACGAGAGGCGUUGCUCAAAAACAGAUGCCUCACAACUUUUAUACACUUGAAGAUUGUUGGGCCCAAGAGGUAGUUGACAGUAAUCCAAUGGAAAAGUAACAUGUCAAAAUAAAUAAGGUUUAAAGUUAAAUUGCAAAAACAUGUCUCUGAUUUUCAUGUGAACAGAAUGAUUAACAGCUUUAAACCAGCAGAGAUAGGGGAAAAGUUUAGUUAAGGCACAUGUGGUGUUACACUAUAAAGACCUACUUAUGUUAGUAGAGCACUAGAGGCUUUUUUUUUUUUUUGCAUUGGCAUGAAUUAUGGACAGCUUUGACCCUCGUUCAAAAACAUAAAUUUUCUGAUAAUCUCGUAGAUUUACCAAGACCGUAUUGUAUCAUUGCACUGUGUUUGUGGUUGCCAUGUCAGUCUGGACAGCUUGAUAAAGUCAGUCUCAACAACUUGAUGCACAAAAGCACCACCAAGUGGUAAAAUUCUGUAAGACAUGGAACUAUUGUGUCGUCAAAUACAGAUAAAUCACUAAUUAAGGUGUCUGUGGGAAAAAAAUCUUAUUUAAUUCCUCAUUUUCUAUCUAUUCGUUUCCUCAAAUUGUUUAAUUGGCUAUAUAGCGAAGCUUCACAUCAGGUGUAACACAAUAGUUAAAAGGUGCAGCGUCGCUUUAUGUUACGGUCGUCGUAUUUUCUAGGUUUGACCUCUCCGGGGUUCCGUAAAUCCCCCCUCUUGCCCUCCCCUCUCUACCUGUUUAGUGGCUAAAGAUGGCUGAAGCUCCUCCAUGGCCCAGCCGGUUCUUCUGUCACAGAUGCUCAGCGGAGAUAAGUCCCCGGCUGCCUGUAAGUAUUGUAGACAGAGGACAAAGGUAGAGGCGGUUUUCCAAAUGAAAAAAGAAGCGGUGUUGUUUUUACUUUCGUAGAAACGGUUGUAACUGUGAGGCCAACUAGUUAGCAUGCUAACAGUAUUAGCUCCCCCCUUGUAGGUCCCCGUUUAUCUAACCUACGUUAACCAGUGUGAGUUAUCUUGUUAUCAUAGAGGUGCAUGUGUAAGCAUGCACAGACAUACUGCGUAGUCAUUGCACGAAGAAUACCGUAACUUUCAGAUCUCAGCUUUUCGCACAUUUUAACGGGAUCAUACAUUGACCAUCGCAGGUUUACAAAGGAUUCUGUUAGCCUCACGCACCGACUGUGAAUGCUUCUUAUUACAUGAGUAUCACACCUAAAUAACAUCUUUACUUGUUUAUCUUUACGAUGACAUUCUCGCCAAACUUGCACACCUCGUGAUUCGUCCACACACCACAUUGUGAAUAACCUUUACAAAUGGUACAGUGCCAACAAUACCUUUGACGUCCUUUUCCUGUGAGUCUUUCACUGAGACAAACAGGUGAGCUGCCUGUCGCGGGCUAGAAUGAUCCCUCACAGGUCUCUAAAUGUUCCCACACAAUGUAAAGAUCAGCUACGGGUUUCUAUAGGUUACUAGUAAUGGCCUGUGUCUGCAUUUACACCUUAAACAGCUGUGCAUCUGCUCCUGUGUUGUUUUUGUUUUUAUAGAUCAACUUUAUUUUGACAGAAUACAAUUGAACUUUGAGAUGUUAUUUUUCCUUAAUGACUCAGGCUAUAUGAUACUACUGCUACUACUACUAAUAAUAAUAAUAAAUUUAUUUGAUAGCACUUUUAAAAACAGAAGUUUACUAAGUGCUUUGACAAACUGAAGCACAUGAAAAUAAAAACAAAUAAAAAACAAAAGCUCAGUUAAAAACAAGGCCUCCGAAUUGAAGGCCAGUUUCAUUUGUCAUAAGAAACCCAGACAAUACAAGAACCCUACAACAUAAAAUGAGACUAUGGGGACCAAAAUAAAAACAUAAAAUAGGUAAGAAAAACAAAUAUAAUAAAAACGGGGGUGGAAAGCAGGAAACAGGAUAGUAAAUAUAAAAAGAUGAUAUUAAUAAUGAUAAUAAAAUCAUAAAAUAAUAAUGAUAAAAUGGAAUGACAAAAAUGAGCAGGAAAAAACAAAAUCAAUGAAAGGUCUAAAAGGUAAAAUAAGAAAAGAUUAUAAGUAAAACAAAGGCUAAAAGGACAGUAAGUCGAAAUAAGAUAGAGGUAUAAGAAAAAAGAUAAAAGAUGGCAUCACAUUAAAGCAAGUCUGUAAAAGUGAGUUUUUAAAUUUGACUUCAAAGAAGCGACUGUCUCUGCAUGCCUUAUCUCUUCUGGCAGGUCGUUUAUGAUAAAUAGGAUUAUAAGAUCGAGAUAGAAUCGAAAGUAUGAAGAUCAACACCAAAUAAAUCUGCAAAUGCAGGUGUAGCUGGUUGAUGUAUCUUGAAGCUGUGUUUGUGAUGCAGGUAAAUUGAUGAGGAUUCAGAGAAGUUUGACCUAAACUUCAUUGUUUCUUCAAUUAUUGUCUUGCAUUUCAGGAAUUGUUCCUUACUUAAAACUAUGGUGGGCUAGGGCUGGGCAAUAUGGGAAAAAGUUUAUCACAAUAUAUUUUUUUCAUAUCAGUCAAUAUAGAUAUAUAUUAGGGAUGUAACAAUGAAAAUUAAACAUCACGAUUAUUGUGACCAAAAUGAUCAUGGUUAUCAAUAUUACCUCGGUAUCGUUGAAAUAUGUUCAAAAUGUUUAAAAAGUACUUAUACACACCCUGAAAUCAUUUAACAAAGUUUUAUUGUGAAAAAAAAAAACAAUCAAAGUAACACGCAGAAUGAACUUUUCCUUAUCCUUUAAUAACAGAGGAACGAUGAGCUUAAAAAAUUAAAGAUGGGGCCUAAAAAGAGCCAGAGGUAAUCAGCACUAGAACUAGUAAUAACAAAGUACAAAGUAAUGUGCCAGUGGCAUUAACAUUAACAUAAUAACUAAUUUGAGUCGUGAUCUGCGAGGGGAAGCGAUGUGUCCGCUGGCACUGAAUCACCUCUAGGAUGGCACGCUGGUUGCUGGGAUGCACAAAAGCUUCCUGGCAACCCUCACGACCCUUUGUAGAAGCCGUAAUAAGCGCAGACUUUGGACUUUGUUUUCUUUGACAGUGGAAAAAUCUCUGCAACACGGUCGGCACCACUGCCCGCAAAACUGCACUCCGCCAUGUUUACAAGUUGUAUACUGCGCAUGCGUGCGGCGUACCUGUUUCCAAAGGACUGCUGCCUGUGGCUGCUCUUCUCAGCACUGAGCAGUCUGUGCACUUUUCCAGAAUGCGGCAAUUAAACACGGUUUUAGCGGUAAUUAAAAUUUGAAACGUAGUACUAACCAUCAGAGAUUUUAUAGCGGUUUAUCAUUUUAUGGGUAAUCCUUACAUCUCUAAUAUAUAUUACGAUAUAAAAAAUUCCCUUGUCAAUCUUAAUCUGUUACUCUUUAAUGAAAUUUAACAGUGCUUAUUGUUAGCAUGUCUUUUGCAAUACAAUAAGCUACUGCAUCAGUGAGGUCUUUGUGUCUCUUCGACUUUUUGUCCUAAGGCGUUGCGCUAGAGAAAGCUGACUGAAUGCUCAGAUCAGCGCAGUGCAGACCCGGAGCAAUUCCCCUAUUCAUUGGUUAUUCGUAUAGUCUACCAAAACAUGGCAGAAUGUCAGCUAUCAAAAAUCCUAUAGACCAUGUUUCAUAUUGAUAUUGAGGAAAAUUAAUUCUUGAUAUAAAUUAUUAUCAUUUUAUCACCCAGCCCUAAUGCUACCAGGAUCUAUUGUCUUAUCUUUUCCAUGUGAAUGUCAUAACUCUAACCAGCCAUGACAAUACUUGGGCUAUCUAAAGCAUCCCUAUACAACAGCUGUGGGUUUUUAUUUUUUGUUGACAUAGUCUGACAGGCAAUAUUUGCUACUAUGAUAGAUUAGAUUAAUUUAGAUUGGUGUUGAUUGUGUACUACAGUUGCAUAAAAGUUCCUAAUAAGCUCCCAGUGUUUGUUAAUGAGUGAACUAAAUAUAAGGAACAUCUGUCAUGUAACACACCCCAGUAUUCUACCAACACUCACUACAUCUGCAACAAAUACUCAAACUGUAGAAGCUUCUGCUGAGCUGCAGAGCUGUUGUAUAGGUUUGCAUUAGAGAGCUCAGGUAUUCACAAUGAUACGUCUGGUUGGUGUAUAAUAGUAGCUAAGGAUGAUGCUGAAAUCUGGUUUCUAUAAGGUGUUUAUGACAGCCAGGUAAAGGAGUGACACCAGGCUUCAUUCUGUGGUGUCCACUGACUUCAAGCUUUUCCAGAACUUCUCUAUAAAUAUACUGUAGAUCUCUGUAGAUGUCCUGAAUGGACAGCGAGAGAAGACACAGUUGAUCCUCUUAGAUGUCCUCGGUGUCUGCUCAAGGGGCUUAAAGACAUUUUCACUACGGGAUCAUGACACAGCUUGAGAGUGACUCUUCUAACAGUGCUUACCAGGGGUGGGGAAGGCUGCUCGCACCCGCCGUCUCAGUCGCCGCCAUUGAUCCAUCGGAGUGAGGCUGGUGAUGUCCCAGGAGAGAUCACAUUUGAGUCCUCAAAGCAGCGUGUUGUUGUAUGGCCAUGAAAACAUUUUUGUCAGGUCUCAGGAUAUCACAGUUACCACAGUCCCUUUUUUUGUGCAGCCAGAGCAACUUUGAAUACAAUCACUACUCGAUCACAGCAGGGCUUGUGGUAAAACCUGUAGUUCGUCUUAUAAUGAUGAAAUGUGCAGUUACAUGUUGUUUUGUUUAUUUUUCAAGGAGUACACAUGUCCAAGAUGUGAGUCAGGGUUUAUCGAGGAACUGCUGGAGGAGAGAAGGUUUGUAUUUUCAAGUAUAUAGUAGAUACAGUUUGUUUACUAAAGGCAGCUUCAGUUAUAACUCUAACUGUAAAGUGGGCAGCAGUGAGCAUUUACAGACUAUGAUACACUUUACAAAUGAUAUGACUUUAGCCAUAACAGCUAGUUCAAUAGUUUUAUCCAAUCUGGAUCAUUUUCUCUGUUUUGGCUGUAUCCACCACUGAUGUCACCGAAGUCCAGAACUCUCAAGCUUUCUCCAUAUUCAUUAAAAUCAGUGUGUUUUUUUUUUAUUUACAAUCAAGGCGUAGCUGCCAUUUUCUUAGCAUGGGAGCAUGUCUAGAAACAAAGUGAUAAGAAGAAACACAUUUCUCUUCCUCUCACCUGCAAGUGCGAGUGGGUGUAGCCGUGGUUAGAUGCAUGGUCUGUGUCUGUCUCUAAAACUUUCCUGCAUCUCUUCAGUUUAUCAAGAUCUAAAUUUAUUCCGAGAGAGAAAAAAAAGUUAAACCUCUUAGUCCAGACUAUGCUGCAUGACAUGAUGUGUCACAAACAUUAACCACAGACUGAAUUAUAGCAAACUUGAUUGGUUUCCUUCAUUUUAAGUCAUGAGCAUUACAUAUUUUGCAUAUCAGUGCAUCAAAAAUACUGUUCAUGGACUCCUUGUUUGCAGAGCCCAUGAACAUCUAAUGACAGCAGGUGUCAUAUGCUUGUUUAAAGUGGUUUUUAAUAGGGUCAAUAUUUUACACUGUCUUUGAUUGUGUGCUAGAUGUGUUAUUGUGCCUGUGAGUGUGUAUGCCUGUGUAUGAGUUUGUUUGUGUGGGGAGGACACUCCUGCUUUUUCUGUAAGAUGCCAAUCACACCCCUUAUAAGUGGCACCUCUGUGUGUUUUCCUUUGAAUUUUGUCAGAAUCCUGAUUAUCACAAGAUAUUGAGUCAGAUAAUAUAUUGAAAAAUCACUACUUCUCAGCUUCACACGAGGUAUUACAAAGCAAAUGUUGCUGGAAUGCAGGGAAUAAAUAUGACACUAAAAUGCAUCAUAUAACUUUAAGGAAUAAAAAGACUAUGAUACAUGUCAGAUAUCUUCAAAUCUUACCAACUGGAAACGUAACUCUCUGAACUUGUUGUCUCCUCUCUAGUGCUGACAAUGGUUCCAUGUCCACCAUAUCCAGCGGGCCCCCGAACCAGCAACCGUUUGAGGUUUCUAACAUUUAUUUUCAUUUCAUUUUGUUAAAUAUUUCAGUCAUCUCUACAUCAUCUCUAAAUAUCAGAGGCUGUAUUGGGGGUAGUACUCACUUAACAGGGAAAUGGUUUUGUUAGCUACCAUCUCCGUUAAGUUAAAAAAAUUGACCUGACUGUCAACCACUCACACUGCUUUAGGUGUGUUGUGUUGACUAUAAACAGUCACUGGUUGUUUCCAUCAAGAUUACAGCUCUCAGGCUUUUUCUGUUCGCUGCUUCUCUGUUUGUUCUUACAGAAUGUGGACCAACACAUGUUUACAUUCCCUUCGGGCUACGGUCAGUUUUCUCUGGGUGUCUUUGACGACCGCUUUGACUUUGGGGCCGGACUAGGAACAGAGGACAACCGGGAAGCGGAAAACAGGCGAGAAAGGGAAACAGCAUCACGGCAACGUUAUGGUGCCAGGCAACCAAGAAGUCGUCACGGUUCGAGACGACAAGGAGGACGGCAUGAGGGAGUUCCCACUUUAGAAGGGUAAGGAGUGUAGUUUGUGACCUUGUCACAUGUUUCCUUCACAAUGGCGCACUUAAAUGGCUACUUUAACAUCUUUUUCAGUCUAUGUAUAUUAUAGCUCUAUUUUUUCUUCUGCAGGAUCAUUCAGCAACUAGUAAAUGGAAUAAUUGCACCUACUGCAAUGCCAAAUAUUGGUGUUGGACCCUGGUGAGUAACAGAGAUGUAUGUUUCGGCAGAUAGGAAAUUCUUGACUUAGUGCUCUCCACCUGUGCUGAUGUUUACUUCUGUCUGUAGGGGCGUUCUUCACUCAAAUCCUAUGGAUUAUGCUUGGGGUGCUAAUGGACUAGAUGCAAUUAUUACUCAGGUAUUGUAAGAAACUUUUGAGUGUUUUAAACCACUUACUGUACUUUUUCAAAGAGAAUUAGCUCAGCAAGUGGCCUUUGCUCUAAAGUAAGCCUCCGUGUUUGCUGUGAUAAAAAAAAUUCCGUUCCUGAGCAAACCUUCUCCUGUCUGCAGUUAUUAAACCAGUUUGAGAACACAGGACCCCCGCCUGCUGAUAGGGAUAAAAUAAAAAGUCUUCCUACAGUGCAAAUUACAGACGAGCAUGUUGGUAAGUUUUUUUCCCCAUUUCAUCUGAUGUCUAUAUUAUCUUUGUCACAUUUUAUUUUGCAAAUCUGGGCAAUUUCUAUUUUCUUUUUCUUUCUACUUAUUUGAGAAAGCGUUCAUUGAAGCAUGCUAGGAUGAACUGACGCAAAACAAGGGACAGAAGUUGGAAAUUAGUAACAGCUAUAAUCUCUGUAUGCAAACAUCAGUUUUUACAGCUUGUCUGUAACAGGGAGAAGUUCUUCUGUGUAAUUGGCAUUGUUUCUAUCAAAUAAACCAUGUAGAUAAAAAAAUUAAGGAAUUAGUCUUUUUGAAAAUGCCAGGGCAAAGAUGAGGCAAGCAGGGGAUAACAUGAUUCUCGGUAUCAUAAAUAAUUUAUUAAUACCCAGGAGGGAAAUAAUUUGGGCAUUACAGAUGCUGUGAGACAGAAAGUCAGCUCAAAGAUGUUAGUUAUUAACUUGAAAAUAAAAGACAUGAAAAAAAUGUAAGACAAUAUUCACAAUGCAAAUAUAAAUACAAUACAAUGUAUAGAGAAAAUGAGAAUAGAUAUUAUUAUCAUUAUUGUUAUUAUUCUAAUUAUAACUUUAUUCAUAUAGUGCUUUUAAAAACAGAUGUUUACAAAGUAUUUUGAUGGACAAAGCAGAGUAAACAACAAUUAUGACAGCAUAGGAGAAAUAAAUCAUAAGUCAUGGAGCAGGUUUUAAGAUUCCCAGAAGAGGGGAAAAAGAAAGAAAGGGAAACACUAAUAAAGUAGAUGAUGUCACAUCAGACAAAAAAAAAAAAAAACAGAUUAGAAGACGAGGGGCUGGGAGGAACAAAUAAACCAACAUUUAUUAAUAUAAUUAAUAAAUCACAUAAUAAUUAAUGUGAUCAGAGACAGUGCAAUAGGGGAUUAAAUUGAUACUUGCAAACAGAUGGCUCAAACAAAAGCAUUAAAAUACUAGUUUUUAAAUAAAUAAAGUCAUAAAGUUAUGGUUGAAAAGUAGCUAAUAGGUAUGGUAGCAGCAAACCUUCAGCAAAAGUGAGCUGUUAAUGUUUGAUAAAAUACUGGGCUCAAACGUCAAUAUUAUUUCUUUGGGAAAUCUAGUAGGGAGAGGGUCAAGGCUGCAUGUACUUCAUAUGUUGUCAAAUCUCACGUAAAAUCAGCAUAGAGAUUGGAGUAAAAUUGGUAAAAUAGUUAGGAAUAUGUCUUUUGGAGUCUAAAACAUGAUAAGAGGGACAAUCUGUUGCCUAAUGUCAUCAAUUUUGUUUGUGAGGAAUUUUAAGAAUUUUUCACAAGUCUCAGGUAAGCCAUCAAUAAAAUUAGAGGGGGUGGAGUUGGUGAGAAAGUCUAAAGCUUUAACUAACAUUGUAGGGUUUGAAUGCUUUGAUAAAUUAUUCUAAACUUAGAUGUUCAAAAACCCCCAAAAUAAAGGUAAUUAAAUCAAAACACUAUGAAGUACAUAGACUGCCUAAAACAAAUACAAAAAAAUAGAUACAAAUAAAACAUUUUAAAUAAAUGAGAGUUUCAUAAGUUAUGUCAAAAGUAAAGAAAUAUGUGUCAUAUAGUGAGACUGGCUUUGAAACUAUCCUGUUAUCUAACACUUUUAUCACACCCCUUGGUUUUUCUCCAGGAUUGGUUGUGCAACAUGCAGUUAGCAGUAGUUUAAGGGAAGUGAAAUCAUUGGGAUAACAUUCAACCCUGUGGGCCUUCCCAGACUGGACCCUCCCCUCUGUCAUGCAGUUAUAUAGUGAACUCAGUUUGAAGUCUGGCAGAUACAGGAACGUUUUGAAACCAUGGUUUCAUGACACACAAAUAGCAACAGGCUUCAUAAAUAACCAUGCAAAAUACUCUUCAAACCACUCCAUAUUAGGACAAAAAUAGAUAGACCCUUGAUUCUGUGGUUGCAGCUCCCUUUGUAAAUGUCUUCAUGUUUAAAGCUCUGACAAUGAUAAAUUUAUACAACCCUUUACAGUCACAUAAAUAUCUUUUUCUAGACUGGAGAAGGAUUGAUUUGAUCCUGAGUUUAUUAAGAUUUGUUCUCCAUGCCAUAAUUUUAAUUUUUCAUCAUAAUUAAAGCUGUAGAUUAUCUACAUAUUUGGUCAAUAUGACUGCUCCCCAAAGGUUAAGCCAAAAGACUUGUUGGAGGGUCUAACAACCCAUGCUUGGUCCAGUUCAUGUGGUGGACCCUGUUGCCAACAAGGUGGAAGAAGUGUGUCGUGCUAAGAGUUAAGGGUGUGAUUAGCUAAAGACCCUUUCUCUGAGAAUAGCACUUGAAGUGUACUAAAAAUAGUCUGUGGCUCUGUCCUGUUAGAUGUUUUAUUUAGCAAAUUAACAUUGAUGAUUCAUAAUGAAAUGUUACAAGUUGGUAAAUAAUCCUUGUAUAUUUGACAGCUUGAAUGACGGCUCUCAUAUCCAACAGCAGUACUUUUGUUGUUAAUAUUCUGCUCUUUCAGCUUCAGGACUGGAAUGCCCUGUGUGCAAAGAAGACUACAGUGUUGGAGAGAAUGUGAGGCAGCUCCCAUGCAAUCAUAUGUUCCACAAUGACUGCAUAGUCCCAUGGCUGGAACAGGUAUUCACCUUAGCUAUCUUUAAGCCUUGUUAGCUUUGCUGUCGUUUUUGUUCUCUGAAACUAUAGCAUUAUAAGGCAUAAACUUCAUUCUUUUUCCUCUUUUUCUUCAGCAUGAUACUUGUCCAGUGUGCAGGAAAAGCUUGAGCGGACAGAACACAGCAACAAACCCUCCAGAACUAUCAGGGAUGAACUUUACCUCCUCCUCUUCCUCCUCCUCGUCAUCAUCCUCUUCAUCCACCCCUCAGUCAUCGAGUUCGACCAGCAAUGAGAACUCCACUGAUAACUCAUAGAGAACCUUUUGUCCUUAUCACCCUGCAAGCUGUUUAUAGCUCCUGUGCUGCUGUACUUAGGAGCGGUGACCUCCAGUCUCUCCCUGCUGCCAGGCUGAGACCUGAGUGCAUCUCACCAGGAGCACUUGAGCCGGAUUCAGAGGCGAGUGAUGUGCGAGGACAAUGUAUUUCUGCCCGUCCUGUAGCUCCCACCUUCAUCAGGAAACUGGACAAAGGAAGGGCGGAGGCUCGGUUUGCAGCAUUUAUCAGGGAGGGUGUGGAGAAGCCUGAAGACUUUAAAGAGGCUCGAUCUGCCUGAAUCACCUCAUACAGGAAGAGAACACAAAAGAAUCCAAAGGUAGAAGACGCGGGACAACGGACAGUUGCUGUUCUUUUUUUUUUCUUUUUUUUUAAUCUCCAGACUCGUAUGGUUUAGGAUGAUCCACUUUUGCCAGUGAUGCAAAAGAAAUGAACAGUUAUUUGUUUUUAUAAUUAGCAUUCAUAUCUAACAGUGGAAAUGAUCCAAAGUGCACGAUAGUGUACUGUUCAAAAGUGUGCACUUAAAGGUGUGGUAGGCAGGAUCUGAGGAAGUGCCAGUUUUUGGGAAAAAUCUUGAAUGUAAACACUCAGAAAGAGCGGGCCGCUUCAAAAUUUAAAAUGUUGACUACACAGACAUAACAAAACACAGCGAUAUUGCGAUAUUCCCAAAUGUCAUCAAUAACUAAUAGUUAUUGACUGAUAUUAAAAGCUUUUUUGUAUAUACACCUCAAAAAAAAUGCUUUUUUAACAGAAUCCUGCCUACCCCACCUUUAAGUUACAUCUGGUUUGGAAAAAUAUUACAUUUUAUUCCUUUUGCUCUCAACCCAAAAUGAUUUCAAAGUUAUUUUAUUUUCAGGAUCCACUUGCAGUUAAAAGUUGCCUGAGAUCACACAGGUUCAGUAUUUUGCACUUGAAAUUAUAUGGCAAGUAGUGGUCAUCUGGUGCUGUUCGCAUAAUAACGUGGAUAAGCAUAGCUGAUUACAGCAUUAGUUUUUUUUUUUUUACUAUAUCCACAAAAUCAUUAUGUGAAUCAGCUUUUCACAUGAAACACUUCAAAACAUUUCAGAGCAUUUGUGCAUUUUAACCUUAAGGUUUGUUAAGUAUUUUUUAAAGUUGCCAGUGGAAAAACUAUUGAUUUGAAAUAUCGUUGUGUCCAAAUAAAUGAACUGGUAUGAAAAUAAAGAUGUUUGGGUGCUAUCACUCGAAUUUUAUGUGAAGAAUUCUGUGUUUAUUUUAUACAUGUUGUUUUUCUACAGUAAUAAUUAAUCAAAGCUGGGCUUGUUUAGGGAACUGAUGGUAACUGUGUGCAAAUAUACAGUAUUUCAAAGCUUCGAAGCUGUCUCUUGGUGCAGUGCUGUGGAAAGACACUAGAUGGGAGUGAAGUGAAAAAGUAAGAAUCUUUUUUUAAGGUUGUCUCUGGUUGUCUUAGUACCACAAAAUUGGAGAGUGAUUUGUUUCAAUACCAAAUGAUGAAAUUAGCGGCACAGUAAACAUUUCUUGGAAAACAUGCGAUGUAAGUGUUGCUUGAGUGUGUUUCCCAGCCCAGGUUAUUUGUCCCUUUAAUGACAUCUCACAGGCCCUCUGAACAACCCAGCAUCAACCAGGGAACAAUAGCAUCAUUAGUGAGCACUGCUGAAAGAUUUCAAUGCAUAAUACAGUUUCGUGCCUGUUUUGUACGUUCAAAGUAAGGCCUGUUGUGAGGAUAGUAAACAGAGUCUAUAUUAAAUCUUUCAAAAGGGUGCUUGCCUGUGAAGUGUUACCCAUAAGCCAAUAAAUUCGACUUCCUUUAA